CUCUCUUCCGGCGAAGCUAGAGCUGCGGUAUAGGAAGUCGGCGGAAAGGAAAUCAGGACAACAAGAGCGGUAGAAAGAAUGGCGCCCAAGUUCUUCAAGAACGUGUCCAACCUGCUGACCCGCCGAAGCAGCUCCGGCAGAGACCUGGAUUCUGAGCGCUCCCCCUCCGACAAGGUUCUGAACGAUCAAUCCCCUGUUUCUGAAGCCCGCACGUCCCGCCCUUCAGACCCCGAGCCAAAGGACGAGGAAGGGACCUACACUGAUUAUGGGCUCUUCUUGAACGCUCUCGCGGGCCACGUAGAAGAGCUGCAAGACUCCAUUGAUUAUGACUACCCCGUCUUUGCAUACAACAUUGUUCAGAAGAUUAAGCCGGCGAUUGACAAUCCGGACGGUCUGACGCUGGCCGAGAUGCGCCAAGUGGCGGCGAAUGUGUUCGACCACUGUACGAGGGUCGCGGGAGCGGCCAAGAUUGCGGCGCAGCUGAUGGAUAUGUCGCGGGGGGUGGUCAUACCAGGGGACUGGGACAAGAAGGGCGAGCUGCUACGGGCGUUGAAGAGGCUGGCGCGCGCGCUGUCGGAUGAAGAUAUUGCGCCAAUCAUGGUCAAAAACCCUGCCGCCUGCCAGUUCCUGGAGCUCCCCGUCUGGUUCGCCACCUGUCGCAAGCCCACUGGCUCCACCACCCCCUCCGCAUAUUUCGGAACCCAGCGCGGUCUCGACAUGGAACUCGGUUACGUCAACGUUUCGGUUCCCGACGUCGACGACAUGGCCCUGUCCGGGGCCCCCCUUCCCCACGGUUGGGAACAUGAUCGGGACCGCGAGGUUAAGAAGAAGAAAAGCCGGUUACUGAUUGCCAAGUGCCUGGUUAUCCAGAAAGAGCAGUUUGGGUUUCAUGUGAAGAAGUUAACCAAGUUAGCGACGGUUAAGGAGGCGGUGAUGUACGUGCACGGGUACAACAACAAGUUCUCUGCGGCCGCGAUGAAGUUUGCGCUUGCGGCGUACAAGAUGAAGGCGGACGCGCCGCUCUUCAUGUUCAGCUGGCCGUCCUUCCAGUCGUACCAGCUGUACACGGGCGACGAGGCCAACGCGAUGUGGGCGGUCCCCCACUUCCUCCAUUUCCUCACGAUCGCGCUCAAGUUCUUCGGCCUUGAGAAAGUGCAUCUAAUCGCGCACAGUAUGGGAAGCCGCGUCGUCCUCUACUCGCUCGCGCGCCUCGCCCCGGAGCUUCUCCCCGAGGGCUCGGCCAAGCUGGGUCGCCUCGUGCUGGCCGCCCCGGACUUUGACUCAGGGGAGUUCCGGCUCAUGGCGCCCGCGCUUGCGCAGAAGAUGGAGCAUAUCACGGUCUACUGCGCCUCCGACGACCAGGCCCUCCAGCUGUCGACACGUGUCCACGGGGGCCACCCCCGGCUGGGCGACUUCCGGCUGACGUCAGCGAAGGCCGACGUGCACUCCCCCUACGGCGACGUCGAGAACAUCGACACGAUCGACGCGAGCGGGCUGGAGUCAGGGCUGGUGCGUCACGGGUACAUCUUCUCGCACGCGGGCGUUCUGGAGGACGCGUGCGAGUUCCUGAAGACCGGAAUUCCGGCGGAACAGCGGCCCGCCCUGGCCGCCAGGAAAACGGAGCACGGGCUGACGUACUAUACGUUCGUGGACCCGUCGCAUAAGGCGUCGGUGAUCGAGCAGGAGAUGCCGGAGGAGAACACGGCGGACGAGAGCGGCUUCGUCCGAUAAGGGGGGGGCGCUUUUGUGCUCUCGAAACAAUGGGAGCAUCUACAGUGUAUAAAGAAUGGAGGAAGCGGGGCCGCACAUAAGCGCGGAUUAGUUGGUGCUCCUUUGGGAAAGAAGGGUGUUUAUAAGCAUGGUCGGGAAACGCAACCCCCUGUUAGGGUGCGGCACUGAUACGAACAGGUUUUUGACCGAGAAGACGCAUGUGUCUCCGAACGCUUAGCAAAAGCAACAGAGAGAAGCGAACCCGUAAAAAGUUGGCAGUAGUUGAACUCAUGAUGCCGCGCAUUGAAGCCUGCUGACCACAUAACGUUGAGGCUAUAUGGUCACUCGAGCGCAGUGCCAAUAGAAGGCUUACGUAGGAUUUUGUCAGAGCUGAAGUUGACCUUGCUUUUGACCAUGUUGAGGAGCUUGUUUGACAGAAGGCCGGGUCUCCAUCAUUUUUCACACGGUUGAGUUGUCCAUUUCGAAAUAUAAACGUAUUAUUAUAAGGUCUUUCAAACCG